AUGAAGAUCUUAACAAAAGAAGAAGAAGCCGCUCACUACCGGGCCGUCCUCCAAGGAGGUACCUUCGGCACCGUCAUCGGUCUCGUCGGCGGCUGGGCCGGCGUCAUGGCCGCUUCUCGCCGCUUCCACACAAUCCGCAACCUCACCCUACCCAUGAAGGCCUUCCUGGUGACUUCCUCGGGCACAUUCGUCGGUAUCAUUGCCGCUGACCACUCAUCGCGCCAAUAUGAGGCUGAGCGCAACGUCGGCUUGAAAUAUUUGGGCGAACGAGAGGAGCGACUCCGCCGCGAAGAAUUGGCGCAGAUGUCUCUAGGGAAUAGAAUAGGUGCCUGGGCUCGCGAGGAGAAAUAUAAGAUUAUUGGUGCUACUUGGAUUGCCUCGAUUGUGGGCAGUUUUGUGCUUGUGGGCCGCAAUCCGUACCUCACGGGCCAACAGAAAAUCGUCCAGGCGCGUGUGUAUGCGCAAGGGCUGACGUUGGCGGUUAUGUGCGCCAGUGCCGCUUUUGAGAUUCAUGAUCAGCGUAAAGGACAAGGGUUGUUGGAUACUGCGAAGAAGGGCCGCGAGGCGGUCAAGGAAGCCAAGAAUCAGCCUGCUGAGCUGCACCAUCAAAGACGCGAUGAAAACACGGAUUUGUGGCAGGAUAUGGUUGCUGCGGAGGAGCAGAAGCUCAAGUCGCGCCAUCAGCCAUUGUAUGAACAUGAGGAGAAGAAGGGUGCUGUGACGGAGGCUGUGAAGGCGAAGAAGGAGGAGAAGGCUCCUAAGGAAGCUCCUAAAGAAGAGGCCAAGGAAGAGAAGGAAGAGAAGGAAGACGAGAAGGAGGAACCCGAAGAAAAGGAUGAAAAGAAAGAAAGCAAGUAA